AUGGAGCUGGCCGGCGUCUCCCUGGAGGAGGUCCGGGAACGGGUAGCAGACAUCCGGCAGCAUGUCUCCCGUACUAGGACCUUUGUCCGCAAAUGCACACUCUACACACAGCAGUUCUUUGCGGCCAACGCAGGUAUCGACCCGCUGACGGUGGGCGCCGUCCUCGAGUCUGCGGUCAACGAUCUCGAGUCGGAGUGGAACGCCUUUUUGGGAGCGCAUGAGGUGGAACUUGUGCGGGCGCAUGGCCUUGUGGCGCAGUUGCUUCCGCUUCGGCUGGUUCGGAUGGUGGACAUGCCAUCAAAGUCGGCUGCGAGGCUGUUGCUGGCGUAUCGUGGCGCCCUUGAUCGGGCCGAGGAUCUCAAGCCAGCGCUCCAGUCGGCGCUGGACGCCGGUGAGGACGCAUUGAGGGCUGUCCGCGCUCAGCUUGUGGGCUUUCGUGGAGAGCUCAACGUGGCCGGCGCCCAUGCUGCACUCGACUCGCUCAUGGCCGAGCGGAGGUAUCGUCGCGAUUGCGUGGCUUGUGCCGCACUUCAGGCGCAGGGCAAGGCGCUGCGGAGGUCAACAGCCGCCCACGUCGAGUCGCCGGUUAAGCGCCGGCUGCGGGCGCACGCCGAGACGCUCAACUCGAUCCUGCCGCAGUGGUAUGAUGCCCGCGGCGCCAUCAACGCGGCCGCUGUGCCGGAGCACAACCAUGCCGUUGACAUCCCUGCCACCCACGAGAGCUACCACGAGAGCCGUGGCAACGAGCCUUCCGAGUAUGCCGAGUACGCUGGCUACGCCGAGUACGCCACCAAUCGGGGCAACGAGCGCGAUGGCAGCGGCCAUGAGAUGGGCCAGGCGCAGUGGCGCGAGACGCUCGCCGAGGACGUGGCGCAGCGGCGGCGAGCAUCGCCUGCGGCCACGCCUGUGCCGUCGCCGCAGGCACCACAGCCAGUCGCCGCGCCGCGACAUCCCGAGGCCGAGCCAGAAGCAGCGAGCAGUGGAUCGCCGCUGCGCGGUCCGUCGCUCUCGGACACGAUUGCAGCGUUGAGUGCGCUGCGUGAGCGCAAUCGCAAGCUGCAGCCAGUCAACGAUGCAACAGCAGCACCGGAGCCUCGGCCGCGAGCACCAUCGACGCCUGGGCCAUCUGAGGCCCGGCCUGGUCCGGCUCUGGGCACCGCCCCUCUCUCGCUCGACGAGGCAGUGGCGCGGUCAUUGCAGCGGCAGGAGGCAGUGGCGGCGGCCAAGGCGCACGAGGCUGCACGCGAGGCUGAGCUUAACCAGCUCCGUGAGAUGCGGAGCUUCCGCGAGCGGCAUCCAUCGCUGUUUGGACAGCCUGCAUCGCCGUCGCGGCCGGGCCUAUACACCGUCGACGGCCUGUACCGGGCGGUGCGGUAUGUGCCUGAUGAGCACUUUGACGCCUACGACAACGUGUACGGGCGGCUGCCGGACGACUCGUGGCGCGACUCGUACAUCCGGGUCUCGAUUCCGGUGGCGUCGACGCUGGUCCCGGCAUCGAUCCGUGCACGCGGCAAGCCAUCGCGCGAAGCCGCCGUUGCCAAUCUCUAUCCGGACAUUGCGCUCUCGCGCCAGGUUGUGCCCGAGUCGGUGGCCGGUUAUUCGGGACCGGUCCGCGCAACUGCCGCCGGCGUCCGCGACUCGCUCUCGCUCGAGGAGCUGGCACUUCUCGAGAUGCGGUCGGCAACCGACGACGAGGUCCGGUCCAACUUUUCGCGUCGGCUCCUCUCGCGCGAGAUCCGCAUGCGUCAUCAGCUUCAGCGGCUCCAUGCUACUCGCCAUGUCAAGAUCGCCGGUCUUCGUCCGCAUGAGGAUCCCUACCCCAAUUGAACGCCUUUACCGCCCAC